AUGACGUCGCUUCGAGCUGCACAGUUUCAUUCAGCUCGCGCCACCCUGGCAAUGCUGCUGCUUUUGACCGUCCUGAGCACCCAACUCGUCCUCCUGGUCAGAGGUGCGAGCGCCAAGGACUACACGCUCAAGUCACUGCAGCACAACAUCGAUCUGUCCGGUAGCACAACGAGCAUCUCAGAAGUGCACGAGGUCGAGCUGAACUCUCCCGAGCUGUACGCCAAUGAUCCGCCCGUUUACCAUUUUCUUCUCAGCGCGGAAAAGGCCAGAGGAUUGAGUUGGAUGGAAUGCACAGCUAAACUAGGAGCUGGCAUGCAGAGCACCGAUAGAGCUAUCUUGCCUGUCAAGCGACACUUGUCGCCCGAUGCUUCGGGCUUGUCCAGCUUGGAUAACGCGACCAAUGCGCCUGGUGUGCACUUCCAACCCACCUCCACUCCUCACCUCUUCUCCAUCGAUUUGCCGCCUCGAUUUUUCCAGAAACAACAUCCCGAAGAGCCAAUCCCUAGUCUGGUGCUGCAGAUCAACUAUGUCACGCUCCAUCAGAGUGAGCCCUUGCCCAAAGCUGUGGCUCAAAAGGAAGAGAUGUUCUUGCAUUGGACAGGCGACGCUGUGCCGCUCGCAUUCUAUGGAGCCAACAAGGCAAGGACGAAGAUUCGGUGAGUCAUGACAAGGUACCUCGCACAAGGUGUCGCGAAUGAUGCAUUACAGUGCGCAAGCUAGACGCAUACAUGCUAACGAUUGAGCCCUCCUGACCCACUCAGCACAUCGACUCCAAAGGUCCUUUCGCAUUCCAUCUCUCCCGCCACCGGAAGCUCGCCCAAAGCCGAAAAUGCCGAUAGCGAAGCGACCAAAUCGGGAGCUGCAAUCACCUAUGGGCCCUGGAUAUCGGUACCAUCCUUCUCAGACAGCCCAUCUCUAGCUCUCGAGUCGCGCCGCGCAGCAUCCGUCCACUACAAGCACGACGCGCCAGUGAUCAGCGUGGUUCGAGCCGAUCGCCACGUCGAGAUUUCCCACUGGGGAGACAAUCUCGCCAUCGACGAUCAGCUCUGGCUGCGCAACGACGGGCCGAAGCUCAAGGGACAUUUUUCGCGCAUAGAACAUCAGAUGGCACAGAUGUACAACCGAGACAAUUCUCAUACGCUCAACAGUCUGCUCUUGCACCUCCCACCUGGAGCCAAGGACGCUUACUUUGUCGAUGCGAUUGGAAACAUCUCGACGAGUCACUUUAGACCUACACCAAACGCUCCUCAGUACAUCCAUACAGCUCCUCACAAAUUGGCAGCUCACAGAGCUUCCUCUUUGGAUCUGGUACCUCGUUACCCCCUGCUGGGAGGCUGGAAUUUCACCUUCAGUAUCGGCUAUCACCUCAACCUGGCCAAAGGCAGCUGGGGAAAGAGAGUGCUGGUAGAUGGACAGGAGAGGUAUAGCGUUGCUGUACCAUUCUUGACUCCCAUUACUGAUGUGGCGGUUGACUCUGCUCGAACGACCAUUGUGCUGCCGGAGGGCGCAAAGUGAGUGUUGAGAUCUGUUGUCGAUCGAGUUAGACACCGCACCUGAGCCCUGCUCACAUUCCUCGCUUUGGCUCAUGUCGCAAUGUGCCGAAUCAAGGGACAUUACCUACGCCGCGCCUUUCCUGCUGGACAGCGUGGCGCAGUCCAUCUACACCACCUACCUCGACUCGACCGGUCGACCAUCGGUGGUGUUGGAAAGAAAAGCAUGCUCGGACCAUCAUGGACGCAAUGUGUUUGUGACGUACAAACUGGACAAGAAGGAUCAUUACAGGAAACCGGCAGUCAUUACUGCCGUCUUUUUUGCCGCCUUUUUGGGUGCGGCCUUGGCGAGGAGGUUUGAGGCUAGAAUCAAGACGUAG